CUAUAUUCUAAGAUAUAAAACCAGCAAUGACUGUAGACUGUAGUAAUAAUGUGAAUUUGUGUUUUCUGUAAUGUCUUGGAUAGUUUUAUUUUUAAUUAGCAGGAUUUCACAUUUGAUUUAUUUUUUGCAAAUUGGGAUCAAUUUCUGGACCCCUGACAAUUUCCAUUAUUUUCAUUAAUAAAUCAUUGGGUGUUUGGAUCAGCAACUUCAUUCUGAUUUAUCAAAAAAAAACAAAAAACAAAAAAACUGAUGGACACAGUAAUAUUUCAGAAGUGAAACUACGUUUAUUGGACUAACAGGGGAUGUGCAAUAAGCAUCAAAACAAAAGAAAAAAUAUCAAUAUUUAGUAGAUCCUCCUUUUGCCAAAAUAACAGCUUCUAGACGUUUUCUAUAAGUUACACAGCAUGAUGGAUCCUCCACCACAUUUUACUGUGGGUAGCACUUUACUGUGUAAGUGCUUUUCUUGGAAUCCUGUGUUCUUUCGCCACCGUGCAUAACGCCCCUUGUUUGUUUCAUCAGUCCACAGCACCUUGUUCCAAAAUGAAGCUGGUUUUGUCCAGAUGUCCUUUUGUAUACCUCAAUCGACUCCGUCUUUUGUACAGCUUCUCCUUGCUCUGAAUUGUUGAACAAUUUCACAGAUAAACCAUCUGCAGCAAGAUGAUGUUGUAGUUCUUUAGUGGGUGUCUGUGGUUUGUCUUUGAACAUUCUCACCAACGUUCACCUGAUAUUUGUCUUGGUCUGCCACUUCUGGCCUUAACAAGAAUUGAUGAGCUCACCAAGAUCAUUUUGUGUUCCAUUUAAUCAGUGCUAAGAAGUUACAGGUGUUCAAAUCAACAGAAGGACCACAAGUGCCCACAUUUCUGCACCUGUGUAAUUCUGCUGUUCUGUUUCAGAAUGAAGUUGCUGAUCCAAACACCCAGUGAUUUAUAAAUGGAAAUAUUGCAAAUUGUCAGGGGUGCCCAAAGUUUUUCAUGCAACUGUAUAUGACUCAAAAAAGGACGAAUGACAGGAGGUGAAGUCUGGAGGAAACAAAGUGAAGAGAGAGAAGUGUGCUGUGUGUGUGUGUGUGUGUGUGGAGAGGGAUUACUCCUUACUCCAGAAUACUAACGAGGGCCUUUUGUCACAGAUCUCUUCUUUCCCCUCUCUUCCUCUCCUCAUUUUUCCCCUUUUCACUCAUCCUGAUCACGCACACACACACACACACACACACAUUCACACUAAACAAUUUCCACUAUUGCUCACAAACACGUUUUCAUGAAAUUAUUAUGCAUGCACACCCAUACACACACACAGAAUUAUGUGUGUAAUUGCAAAACCAUUCUCACAUACUAACUCUCUCUCUCUCUCCCUCCAUCACUCUCUCUCUCUCUCACACACACACACACAUGAAUGGGCACAGAGUGGUUUUUGUCAAUGGUGUCUUUUGUUUCUUUUAUCUUGGCUUCAACAAAGCAUUCCUGUGUACACAGAGGAGAGAGAGAGAGAGAGAGAGAGAGAGCAAAGGAUAAAAAAAAGUGAGAGUAAAAGAAAGCGAGAGUUCAGAAAAACAUUUGGGGUUCGUUUGUUGGACCAAAAGUAAAAGUUCUGAUUCAGAUUUCUGGACGUGGCCGUUCAGAACAGAUGGAGAUGGAAUACAUCCUGCUGGAGAGAUGACGUCUGCCACACCUCCUUCCUCUCGUAGUCCCUCCCCUCAGAAGGUUUGCCACUCUCAGACACAGACUGACAUUUUGAAACCACUACUGGGGGCCAACUCUGGUGGAGGUGGGACUCUGAGAAAGAGGAGGCGUGUUCUCUCCAAGGAUGGACGUAGCAACAUCCGAAUUGAUCACAUCAGAGGGAGGAGCGCCCUCUACAUACGUGACCUGUGGACCACAUUCCUUGACAUGCAGUGGCGCUAUAAGUUCUUCCUGUUUACUGCAACGUUUGCAGGGACCUGGUUCCUGUUUGGUGUCCUGUGGUACCUGGUGGCUCUGGUGCAUGGAGACCUGUUGGAAUUUGACCCUCCAUCCAACCACACACCCUGUGUGAUGCAGAUGCAGACCCUGACGGGAGCCUUCCUCUUCUCCCUGGAGUCCCAGACCACCAUUGGAUAUGGUUUUCGCUGCAUCACCGAAGAAUGUCCGGCUGCCAUCGUCCUCCUCAUCGUCCAGCUGGUCAUCACCAUGCUGAUGGAGAUCUUCAUCACUGGUACUUUCCUGGCUAAGCUGGCUCGUCCAAAAAAGCGAGGAGAGACAGUGAAGUUCAGCCAGCACGCUGUGGUGUCCACACAUGAGGGUAGACCUUGUCUGAUGAUCAGAGUUGCCAACAUGCGCAAGAGUCUUCUCAUUGGCUGUCAGGUGAAUGGGAAACUGCUCCAGACCUCUCUCACCAAAGAAGGUGAGACGGUCCGUCUAGACCAGAGGAACGUCCCAUUCCAGGUGGACACUUCCAGCGACAGCCCCUUUCUGAUCCUGCCCCUCACUUUUUAUCAUGUGAUUGAUGACAGCAGCCCACUGCGAGCCUGGGCAGCCAAGGGUGGGGGCUGGACCGAUCCAGAACUGGCAGACUUUGAAUUGCUGGUGAUUAUGAACGCCACGGUGGAGCCCACUUCUGCCACCUGCCAGGUUCGCACCUCCUACCUGCCCGAUGAGAUCCUGUGGGGCUAUGAGUUCCCCCCAGUGGUCUCCAUGUCUCCGUCAGGUAAAUACGUGGCAGACUUUGCCUUCUUUGACAAAGUGGCCAAGACCAAGACCACACCUUUGUUCAAACCUCCCAGCCCCCAGCAUGUGUAUCCCAGCAGCGGUGUGGGUGGAGGUGGAGGUGGAGGUGGAGGUGGAGGAGGAGCAGUCUCUCCUGAAGUGUCUGAUCCAGAGAAGGUUCGUCUGGAGCAGAGCUACAGAGAGAGGGCCGUGGAGGAACACAGUCGGGCCAGAGACAACUCUCUGAGCGUCCGCAUCAGUAACGUGUGAACAAACAACAACAACGGCAAAAACCACUGACAUGAAACAAAUAACUGCGGCGUUGGGCGUAAUUAGCUUUUUUGAAGUUUGACUUUUUAGAACAUACGUAUAUGAGUACGACAUUUGGUCGAUGGUCACACCAAAUGACACUCAUGACAAAGACAGAGGAUGACUGUGUGUUUGGGUGGUGACUGCCAUACAUUUGCUGCAGUGAGACGUGUUAAACACAGGUUUGAAUCAUGAGAACAAAUAAACAACAUACAGUCGCUGUUCUCUCCUACUGAUAGGCCACCGAGACUGCCUUUUGAAUAAGCACGGAACCAUGGGCUUACAGAACAUGGUAUCUCAUGCACAUACUCUCAUGUGAAAGUUGCAUAUACAGUAGCUCACUUGAUUGAUUUUUGAAAAAUAUAUCAAUUCACCCUUGUAAAUCCCCACAUUUUAUCCAAGUCACAUCAGUCCCUGGAAGUACAGGAAGUGAUAGUAUGAUAGUAUUAAAACUUGAUACAUCUCACUUCUGUUUUGCCGUAUCUCACAAAAAAAUGGAUGCCACACCUCAGAGGCUGCAAAACAAACAAACAAAAGGUCUUAAAUUAUUCAUUUUUGACUGAAUCUGGAUACAUGGAAACUGUGGUGGGCUGAAUACCUACUGUAGUUUCCCUAAACGUAUGAAAAGGGGAAAAACUCAUGAAGAGGUGAGACAUAUAGUUUCAAUAAAAAUAUUAGCACAAAAUCCCCUCAGCCACAGGGUUGUGAGAGUAAGUUACAGAGACCAUGCUUUUCAAAUUGAAAUGUGCUCAAAAUAUGUCAUGUAAUGUGCAACACAUAAAUAGAAAAAGAAUAAUUAUUUCAGGAUAUCAAUGUUUUUACAGCUAAUGAGGUACUUUUUCAACAGGAUGGUCAAGACCAUCUCUCAUAUACAAUGUAUGAAUUAUGACUUACAAAGCUGGAUACUGCAGAUGUACUGCAUCUGAAGGGCUCACUUUAUGUUUAAUCUGUUGCUACAAAUAAUACUGUCAUCGCGGCUGAAGAGAAUGUUGGAACUUGAAUGACAGAAAUGAAAUGAAAAUGACACAUUCAGCCACUGAGGUUAAGCUUGUUUUUUCACACUCAAACUUUUGGUCUCUCUGUUUCCACACUCAUUCACCUACCU